AUGGUGUUGCGACGGCUUCUCCUUGGCUCGAUCAUCUCCAGCCUGUACCUCGUCGUCGGGCAGACGAUUACUUGCUAUAAUUGUACCAGCUCGCGGACGUGCAGCCCGUCGAAGGAUGUGUGUACGGCAACGGCUUGUUAUAUUGUAACCGAAGACAACUAUAUGGCAAGCGGAUGCGCGACAGACGCCGUCACCUUCACCGUAAACAAUACGAACGUCGCCGGGCUGUGCUACAGACCGGAUAAUAUCACAAGAGUCUGCGCGUGCCAUACAGCUUCGUGUAACACCCGCCUCGAUUCUGACGCGUUUCCAGACGUGGAUAUGACCAUUUUGCAGUCAUUGAAUAUUUCUAGUUUAAUGGAGAUUGCGCAGCAACCACCAGUGACGCAAGCGUCGGUUGUGACGACUGGCGCCCCGGAAACCACGACAAAAGCCGGACUACGCAACGCUCCUAUUGACGCCCUGUACUAUGGCAACAUCCGGUCCGGAGUAGUGCCAGCCAAGGAAACGCUACCCCAGCCCGUGAUGAAUGAGGGUACGCUACGACCUCACGUUUGCGGCUUCAACCCGUUCACCCGACAAUGUAUGGAUCCUCAGGGGUAUUGCCCGGGAAGGUGUAUGAACUUCCACUAUACCUACAACACGAUCUACGAGUGUCGAUGUCUCGUCAUU